AUGGCUAUCACCGAACUGAACAGCCACGAGCAAGAAAAUUCGGUACAAGUGAUCCAGAAAUGCCUAGCCAAUCCAGGAGGAUUGAAAGUAGAUUACGACAUCAUGCAGCGCGAACUCAACUACAACACCAAACAAGCUGCCAAAUCCGCCUGGGGCCGCGUUCGCCGCAAGAUCAUGACGCCUAACAGCCCCGCCUCAAGUGGACGCGACUCUCGUAAUAAGCCUACCUCCGCCUCUGCCACGCCCAAUGCGACGCCCAGAAAGAAACGCGAGCGCGAGAGCGAUGAGGAGGAGCUGAGAACACCUAGCAAGAAGGAGAAGAGAAUCGCUGGGAAUAGUAAGGAUGAGAAAAGUGGCGAGGCUGUGGCGGUCGUUGGAGGCGGAGUGAUUGGCAAAGUGGGGAAGCGUGGGGGAGUCGGUGGAUGGCGUGAAUUCGGCGGCGGCGAGAGUGGAGAAGGCGGGAUGCGCGAUAAGCAGAGCGGAGAUGAUGAAUCAGCAGGGUUUGAGCCGUGGGGGGAGGUCAACUUUGCGCAGCAUGGCGCCGGUGGUGAGUGA